CCCAUCUUGCACCCUCCCCUCUUAGUGAGAGAAAUCCCCUAUUGUUUAUCUUGAAAGCAAGAGGAGGAAGUUCGGAGCUCUUUUUAUUUAAACCCCGACCGAGGUGUUUGAAGCGGACACACAUCCAUGCCCCACACUCAACCCUUUGUUUCAUGUGAGCUGCUUCGACCGUGCGGCGGCCCUGAUCUGAUGCUUCCUCGCUGUGCUUGAUCAUGACGUCAAAGCGCAAUCUGUUUGGCCGCCUGGUGCCGUGUCGGUGUCUACGCGGUGAAGAGGAAGCUGUCACCGUGCUGGACUAUUCCCACUGCAGUUUGGAGCAAGUACCCAAAGAGAUCUUCCCUUUCGAUAAGACUUUGGAAGAACUUUAUUUAGAUGCUAACCAGAUUGAAGAGCUUCCGAAGCAACUGUUCAACUGCCAGUCCUUGCACAAGUUGAGCUUGCCCGAUAAUGAUCUAACUGUCUUGCCAGCAUCCAUUGCAAACCUCAUCAAUCUCAGGGAACUAGAUGUCAGCAAGAAUGGAAUCCAAGAAUUUCCAGAAAAUAUCAAGAACUGCAAGUUCCUUUCUGUGGUUGAGGCCAGUGUGAAUCCGAUUUCAAAGCUUCCUGACGGGUUCACACAGUUACUGAGCCUGACUCAGCUUUACCUAAACGAUGCCUUUUUGGAGUUUUUGCCAGCAAAUUUUGGAAGGUUAACUAAGCUGCAAAUAUUGGAGCUUCGAGAAAACCAGCUGAAGAUGUUGCCAAAAACCAUGGGCAGACUGACCCAGCUGGAGAGAUUAGAUUUGGGAAGUAACGACUUCACGGAUGUGCCUGAAGUGUUGGAGCAACUGACGGGACUUAAAGAGUUGUGGAUGGAUGGCAAUAGACUUGCACUACUCCCUGGGUUCAUUGGCAAAUUAAAGCAGCUGAGCUACUUGGAUGUGUCCAAGAACAACGUGGAGAUCGUGGAUGAUGCCAUCUCUGGCUGUGAGAAUCUCCAGGACCUUCUGCUCUCCAGUAACGUGCUUCAGCAGUUACCCGAAUCCAUUGGUUCCCUUAAAAAACUGACUGCACUUAAAGUGGAUGAAAACCAGUUGAUGAGUUUACCAGAUUCAAUUGGAGGGCUUUCUUGUUUAGAAGAAUUUGAUUUCAGUUUUAAUGAAAUUGAAGUCUUGCCUCCUACAAUCGGUCAGCUACAGAAUCUAAGAACUCUUGCAGCAGAUCAUAAUUUCAUUACAGAUCUUCCUUCAGAGAUUGGUAACUGCAAGAACGUGACUGUGCUGUUCCUCCAUUCGAACAAAUUGGAGCACUUACCCGAGGAAAUGGGAGAGAUGAACAAACUCAAAGUCAUUAAUCUCAGUGACAACCGAUUAAAGAAUCUGCCGUUUAGUUUCACAAAACUGUACGAACUAACAGCGAUGUGGUUGUCGGAAAAUCAGUCAAAACCACUCAUUCCCCUUCAGAAAGAGGUGGAUCCAGAAACACAGACGCAGGUGCUCACAAACUACAUGUUCCCUCAGCAGCCUAGAACAGAGGAUGUGCUGUUCAUCUCGGAUAAUGAAAGUUUCAACCCAUCGCUGUGGGAGGAGCAGAGGAAGCAGCGGGCUCAAGUGGCGUUCGAAUGUGACGAAGACAAGGAUGAGAGAGAGGCGCCAUCACGGGAAGGUAACUUGAAAAGGUAUCCAACACCUUAUCCUGAUGAACUCAAAAACAUGGUUAAAACGGCACAGAGCGUGGUGCAUAGGUUAAGGGAUGAUGGAAAUUCGGACGACUCUGGAGCUGAAAUGAAGCCAAACGAUGAGAGAUCAGUCACAGCAAAGAGUUCUGUCGAGGUUAAGGAAUGUGCCGUCAAUGUCGUCGAACCGUCAGAAAACGUGAAGCGGAUUACGGUGGAAAAUUGCAUAAACAAAACGGCUGAGCAAGAAUCAAACAACCAUGGGGAAGAUGCACAAAUAAACUCCGACGUGGAGGAUACACAUAAACUUGUAGAGGAUGAUGCCCUUGAGGAUUCUGAGAAUACCACUUCUGAUGAUGAGAUGAAGAUGGCAGAAUUGCGGCCACCCCUGAUUGAAAUACCAAUCACUCAACCAAGAGUGCUUGCACUGGGUAAAGAAAAAAGAGAUGAUGCUGAUUCUUUACUCGAGGACUUAAUUCCAAACAGUAAUCAGAACAACAGCAAUUGUUCAACUCCCUCGAGGAUAUCGGACACCGUUUCCUUCAACACAGAGAGCAGUCAGGAAACCUUGCAUUCUACCCCUGACAAGGAUGCUAGAACACGCCUGAGAAGAAAUAAUCGGUGCGAUGCUCCUGACAUCUCGCUGCUGCAGAAUGGAGCAAAGUCGGGCGCACCACUUCAGAGCAGCACAAGGAGCCCAGAGAGGAUUGAUUCCCCUGCGGGGAACAGAGAUGCCAUUAAGUUGUUUGACUUUGACUUCAAUGCCGAGGAGAAGCUCGCCCUUCUAGAGAGAGGGAUUGAUGUGAACAACAGCCCCUGGCAGUACCAGAGGUUACUCAAGGUCGGGAUGAAUAAGAACGAGCUCGCUGCCGAGGAUGUGAUCCUGGGUUUGGAUGGAGUGAUCAAAACUAACGAUAGCGUUGAUGGGGCGAUCCAUGCAGAGCCAUCGGGGCGCGUUAUGGAAAGUAACGCCAAAGUAACAGAACAUUUAAAGAAUGGGAAUGACUUUCCAAUCGGCUUCCCUCAAAACCAAAUAAAUGGUUGCCAAGAAGAUAUUCAGAAGCUCCAGCUGCACAUGGAGGCAGGAAAACAGUAUUCACCGGGCCUGUUUUCAGAUGUUGAUGCUGCUAUAUCUAGGAGCACCGAGGAGCUGUCCCCGCUGCGGGAACGCCCGCGAGGGCCUGUGGUCAAGUCGCACAGCAUUACGCACAUUGACACGGGGGGGUUGAAAAUCUAUGAUAUUGUCAAUGACAACGGACCGCAUGAGCAAGGGUUGCUGACCAAGGUGUGUCCUGGUGUCCUGCAGGGGCAAGGCAUGCCUCGCAGUAAGUCCGCCAGCCUGCUGAGCGAACAGUCGCUGCAACCGUUCACUGGCAACCCUGCGUCUUCCGCCGACAUGUUGUGCAAGAAGGCGGUGUACACGUUCGAUCAGAACUUCAACCCGCAAGGCAUCAGCUUGAGAGGAUCGGUGGUUUCCCAGAUGGCCCCGAUCCCUCAGUACAACAUCCAGUACAGCAGCAGUGCGUUGCCCAAAGAGAACAUGUGGCCACAGAGGCCGGCCUUCCACGUGGAGCCCGGCAACGCGGCCCCCCAGCACCACCUGCGGCCGGAGGCGCACGACAACGCCAACUACGCCAAGCACUCCGCCAACAUCAACUUCUCCAACCGCAAUAACUCCCAGUCCAGCGUCUCUUACGCGGUGCAGCAGAGGAUAGCACCUCGGCCGAUGGAGAUGUGGUCUUGCCCGCCCAACGAGAGGCUGAUCCAGGCCAGCCAGAGGGGCACCUUGCAGCGACAGAGCAGCCUCACCUCCAACUCCUCCAUCACGCUUCCAGAGGCCCUCCACUGCAGGCGGCUCCCCCUUCCCGACGGCGAUUACAUGACCUACAGGGACAUCCACACGCUGGGAAGAGGGCCCCAGCUGCCCCAGGGCUCGCAGAGACCCUUGUCCGCCAGGACUUACAGCAUCGAUGGCCCAACCGCCUCCAGGCCUCAGAGCGCACGGCCACUCAUCACCGAUGUUCCAGAGAGAACCAUGUCCAUCAGCGACUUUAACUACUCACGGACUAGUCCGACCAAGAGAGCUAACAUCCGAGUGAAAUCAGAGCACUCGCUGUUAGACGUACAGGGCACCAAUAAAGUCCCUUCUGACUGGAGGGAGCAGGUGUUACGUCACAUUGAGACCAAAAAGCUAGAAAAGUAUCCAUCGCAAGGUAACAGCAUCGGGGACCCAGGUCAAGAUGAUGUCUUUAGCAUUGGGCCACAUAAUUACUCAACUGGAACCAUUGGUAUGAAGGAUAUACCGUCGGACACCAUAAGGAAAGUGUCUUUGACAAAUGGCCAGAUGUACCAACCUCCAAGGGUAGGAAUGAACAACAACCAGCCCCACCAUGCCAUGUCCCAAGUAACAGUUGGGAGACAUCCUUCCAGAGACCAACUGAUCGAUUACCUAAUGCUGAAAGUAUCUCAUCAGCCGCCGUACACGCCAACACAAGGAAUAUCCAUGAGCCAUCCCCUGAGACAAUGCCGUGAUAUCAUACAGCAAGAGAUGCAUAUUAAAAUAGAUAAGAAUCCCGAGCUGGGUUUCAGCAUAUCCGGCGGUAUCGGCGGUCGAGGGAAUCCUUUCAGACCUGAUGACACUGGUAUAUUUGUAACAAGAGUUCAGCCUGAAGGGCCAGCUUCAAAAUUGCUUCAGUCUGGAGACAAAAUAGUUCAGGCUAAUGGGUACAAUUUUAUGAAUAUUGAGCAUGGACAGGCAGUGUCACUAUUGAAGACGUUCCAGCAUGCAGUGGACUUGAUAAUCCUGAGGGAAGUGGCAUCCUAAUGAUGAAUUGUGGACGACGAGAAGAAAUCAAAACCAAUGUGAUCAAUUUUUUUCUAUAAGUAAUUCUGUAGCAAAAAAAAAAAAAAAUUGCAGCUGAUAUCACUUUUUUUACUUGGAGA